GGAAGCUAGCACCGCCACAACGUCAAAAUCAAAAACUUUUUGUGCCCAAUUUAUGGGCUAUUUAUGGGCUAAUUUUGGGCCGCGACAAAAAUUUUUGGGCUCUUCUCAAUCUAGAAUCAUUGACACUUCAAAGUGGCGGUGCCAGCUGUAAAAUAGCCAGCACCGCCACAAUGAUAACUCGAGAACGGUUGGUCGUAGAAAAAUCUCAAGGAUAUCAGAAUUUUAGGCUAUUUAUGGAGCAGCUGCAGUGAGUCAAUGUUCAAUAACAUCAGAAACCGAUAUUUUGGAAACAUGACAUUUCCAAUUCGUGUGGAUGAUUUUAUUGUAAAGCAUACAGACAUCAUUGAUGGGAAAAUGCAUAUGAGUGGAAUAGAUACGACACCGACGAUGUCUUCACAACAAUCGCCAACAGAUGUGAAUUCUCCACGAUCGUUCUGCAAGGAACCACUUCAUCGUGAUUCCUCAGUUACAUGCAAAAUUUGCACGUCCUCGUUUGCUGCAACGAUUCCUGAAGAUGAGCCACUGGACAAGCAUCUGUGUCAAUUGUGUCUGCGGAUGUCAAAAGAGGAAAUUGAGAACAUUCUGGCCUCCAGAACUUAUGAAAAUUGGUACGGGCUAGUGGCAAAAGAGGAAAAAAAGAAAAUAGCCGUAGAAAAAAAACGAAAAGUUGAAACACAAUCACUAUACUUGCAGCCGAAUUUUACCGAAAAUCAGCUUUUACUGCAUCAAUCACUUAAACGCUUUCCAGUAUUAAAAAAUGGAAAUAGUUGCACUGCACCUGUACCAGUCGAUGGAAAAGCCACAGUUUUAUCAAACACUUGUGCAUUUGAUUCCAUUGCUCAGAUCUUCACGGUUGCAUGUUUUGACGAUGCCGAUUUUAUGGAGUGCUGCAAAAAAUCAAAACUGAUUUUCUUCGAUCUUAUUGCAAGCAUGAGUACCCACCAACUGAAUUACGGCAUGUACAUUACGCGAGCAAAAUUAUUAAAAUCGUUGAUGCCAUUUCAAGAAGGAGAGGAAAUCGACGCAGUGAAAUGCCAAAUUAACGCUGGAGAAUUAUGCGCAAAACUGUUUUCAAAAAUUCCCAGCUUUACAACGAUCAAAACUUGUAGUACUGGCUGCGCUCCCAUAGAAAAGGAUUGGCCAACAGUUUUAGUGCCACUCAACGAAAUAAAACAAAUUCCUCAGUAUUUGGAGGAAUCUGUAUUUAUUAGACAUGCAAAGCCAUGUCGAAACUGCAAAAUAACAACAAAUAUUGAUUUUCGAAUUGGGCCCUUUGCAAUAGUCGAGAUAUACCCUGUAGACGAUAAUAACUGCAAUAUACAACUGAAGGAUUUUCAAAAAUGCAUUGAAUUUAAGAAUAAAAAUAAACUGCAGCUACUUGGUGUCGUCAAAUUUAGAGAAUUUAUUUCUCGAAAAAAUACAAGAAAUCAAGAAAUGAAAAAAUUAAAAACCGCCAUUGAGAAUAAAGAAAAUAUUCUUUCAAAAAACGAAGUUCCGGUAAAUGGCCAUUACACGGGUCUUGUUUUGUGUGGAGAUAACUCAUGGAUAGAGUUUGAUGAUUUUAAUCCCCAACAAAAGCCAAAAAAAAUAAAAGACUGUACGUGGCUUCAGCCACAUGUAGCCAUCUAUAAGCUUAAAAAAUAAAUAUUUAUUUUAAUGAAUAGUUUGUUUUUAUAUUUACUGUAUGAAAUUAUAAAACCUAUAUGAUAAUAUAGUUUAAUUAAAGAUAUUUAAUUUUUUUUUGGAUCUCAAAAUCAAUAAAAAAAACUAUAUAUUUUCGUGUGAUUGCGAUUUUUUUCUUAUCACUAUAUGACACAUCUGUUAGUUUGCCUACAAAAAAGGUUCAAUCAUCAAAUAUUAACUCUAUUAAAUAGGACACUAAAAAAAUUACUUCUCCAUACAAUAUUGUCUACUUUAUGCGCUGCAACAAAAUUUUUUGGACUUGUAUAGUUUUCGAUUAAUUUUCAGUUUUGCAUAUCAGCUGUGAAAUAGCCAACAUUGGUACAGCGAUAACUCGAGAACGGUUGAUCGUUCACUCAACCUUCAUUUAUAAAAAAUUUAAAAAAUUUAUUAAAAAUUAUUUUGCAGCUGAAUACUAUUAAGAAGCAUGUAACUGUAAUGAUACUGCUGUAAAAAUUAUUUAGUUUGCCAUUUUCAUUAUUAUUUACGCGAAAAUUGAGUGUGGGUGUCAGUGUACACAGAGGGGGUGGUUUUUUUUU